AUGGGCCAACGUCGGAUUGGUGCUACGGACAAGAAGAACAGCUUCGAGCUUCUCGAUGCGUGCUACUACAAAGCAGGCGGUAACUUUAUCGACACGGGCAACAACUACCAAGACACGACUUCCGAACAGUUCAUUGGCGAGCGGAUGGAAUCCCGCUGCAACUGCGAUAAAAUGGUCGUCGCGACGCAAUCUGUGAAUAUUGCGUAUGUCUUUCAGAAGACCCCUCAUGUCUUCCCAGUCAGCGGUGGGCGUAAGGUCGUACACCUGCACUUGAACAUCGGCGCGCUCAACGUAACCCUCUCAGAAGAUUAUGUCAAGCAGAUCGAGAGCCUAUUGCCAUUCGAGCACGGGUUCCCUUACAACUUGUUUGCUCAAGAGGAGGAUGAGGGGGCCAACCCGAUUAUGUUCAUGGGUGGCCACUUCGACCGUUGGCCUCUUCGUUAUCCCGAGGAAGUGACUCAGUGCUAA